AUGAAACCAACGCUUACACUCGAUGAAUUUUUCAAUUAUGUACAUUAUCCAUCGAUCAGUCUGUCUCCAAAUGGUCGCCAUUUACUAGUUCAUACGAGACGACCAUUAUGGGAUUUGAACUCCUAUGAUAACAGUCUCUGGCUUUAUGAAACACAAGGACAUGGGAAAAUAUUGAUCACUGAAAAAUUGUCAGAAAAUUUUACACCAAAAUGGUCACCAAAUGGAAAUUGGGUUGUAUUGUUAUUGAACGAGAAAUCGAAUACGAAUACCAAGAAUGAAGCUACGAGCUUUAGUCGUUCAUUCGACAGUCAUUCUAAAACGAAACAAUACAUGUAUCUAUAUUGUACUAUAUCAAAGCGAUUGAUACCAAUUCCAAUUGGAUCAAAAGUACCAUCUGUUAUAACAUGGGGCAACAAUGAUUCAUCUCUCUACUUUGCUACAAUUUCAUCAUAUUCACCAAAAGAAAAUGAUCAUGCAUAUUAUGUGGAAUGGAAAGAUGUCAUUCAAUAUCGAAAAUGGAAACCAAGUGAUGAAAGUACAAUUUAUCACAUUAAUAUUAAUAGAAAAAAUCGACUAACAUCUGUAAAUAUCAAUAUUGUCAAAAAUGUUCCUUUUCAAAUUGGUGAACUCCUAUUUUCAUCAUCUGAACAGAAACUUAUAUUUACAUCAGUCAAACAAAUCUAUGAAAAGAUGAAUGACUUUGAAAUGUAUUCAAUCGAUCUUUGCAACGUAUCAUCAUUAUUAAGAUUAACAACAAAUGAAGCAAUCGAAUCAGAUUUAAAAUUGUCCAACGAUGGUAAACAUGUUCUAUUUCAUGCGUUGGGUCGGGAGUUGACUAGCAGUGAGAAUGUCAUUACACAAGAAAGACUAUAUUCGCUGGAUCUAACAAGUGGACAAAUUCAACGUAUAGCAAAAGAUUUUAACGGCCAUAUUAUGGAAUACGCUAUACGACCCAAUGGUGGAGUUUACAUACUUGGACAAUUAGGAACCAAUGUUCAAAUCUAUACACAACAAUCUUCGAAAAAAUAUACAGUUUUACAUCGUGGAUGGGAUGGAACAUAUGUAUCUAUUUCAUCAUCAUCAUCACUCCAUGGAAAUGGUUCGAUUGCAUUUGUUUAUUCAUCUUACUGGCAGCCCAAAGAAGUUUAUGUCAUUGACAAUAUAGAUGAACUUACAUCUGCUAAAGUCCUAACAAACGAAAAUAAACUAUUUACUGAACGAAAUUUACCUCAAGUAAAAACUUAUCAAUGGACUAGUGAUGAAGAUGAUCGUACGAUCGAAGGACUUUUACAUUAUCCACCUGGAAAAUUUGGAUCAACAAAUUUGCCUCUUCUCGUACUUAUUCACGGUGGUCCAUAUGCAGCAAAUGUCAAUCAAUUACAUGCUAGUGGAGGUUUAUGGGCACCACUGGCAGCUACAGAAGGUUGGUUAGUAUUGGAACCAAACUAUCGAGGAUCGACAGGAUAUGGUGAUCAAUUUCUCAAUGAAAUUCGUUAUCAACCUUUAACUCGAUCAGGAAGAGAUAUUCUUUCAGGUAUCCAUCGUUUAAUUCAGGAUGGUAUCGUUGAUGAAAAUCAACUAGCCAUUGGUGGUUACAGUUACGGUGGCUAUCUAACCAAUUGGCUGAUAACACAAACUACAAUUUUCAAUGCUGCUCUCUCAGGUUCUGGGUCAGUUGAAUAUGUUUCUACUUGGGGUAUUAUGGAUUCUCCUAUGCUUAUAGAUUAUUUGUUUGGUGGAUUUCCAUGGAAUGCAUCAAAGACUUAUGAAAUGGAAUCUCCUAUUUAUCAAUUGAAUAAAGUGCAUACACCUACACAUAUUGUUACUGGAGCAGACGACAUCCGAGUUCCUACUGACCAGAGUUAUAUUUUGGAACGUGGACUACAUUAUCUUGGUGUACCUGUUCAACUUUUAAUUUUUCCCAAUGAAGGACACUCAUUAAGAAACAAUCCAUGGCAUGUUAAAAUCAAAGUUCGAGAAGAACUUAAAUGGUUACAAAAAUAUGGUCAUCAAAGUUCUAUGGUAAAUGGCAACUAG